GAGACUCUCUCUCUCUCUCCUCCUCCUUCCAUUGGAGAUCGCAGAAGGAAAGCUCUCCUGCGCGAACAGAGCAAAGCGGCGGGGGGGGGGGGGGAGGGAGGAGGAAUGGGGCAGCGGAGAGGCGAGAAGCAAGAACCUCCGCCGUACCACGUGGUCCACAAGCUCCCCUCCGGCGACACCCCUUACGUCCGGGCCAAGCACGUCCAGUUGGUGGAGAAGGAUCCGGAUGCGGCGAUCGCUUUGUUCUGGAAGGCUAUAAAUGAAGGAGAUAGGAUCGAUAGCGCCCUUAAGGACAUGGCGGUGGUGAUGAAACAGCAAGAUAGAACAGAAGAAGCUAUCGAAGCGAUAAAAUCUUUCAGAGGCCGGUGUUCGAAACAAGCUCAAGAGUUGCUGGACAACAUUCUCAUCGACUUGUACAAGAAAUGCGGAAGACUCGAAGAGCAGAUAGAACUAUUGAAGCAAAAGCUUUGGACGAUAUACCACGGCGAGGCCUUUAACGGGAAGCCGACAAAGACGGCGCGUUCUCAUGGAAAGAAGUUUCAGGUCACUAUCAAGCAAGAGAUCUCCAGGAUACUGGGGAACUUGGGUUGGGCCUACAUGCAGCAGGGAAAUUUUAUGGCGGCCGAAGUAGUCUACAGUAAAGCUCAAAUCAUCGACCCUGACGCCAACAAGGCCUGCAACUUGUGCCAUUGCCUAAUCAAGCAAACACGAACUGCCGAGGCACUUUCAAUACUGAACGACGUAUUGCAGGGUGACAUGGUCGGAUCCGAUGAUCCCAAGUCACAAGCCCGAGCACAAGAACUAGUCAGAGAACUAGAAUCAUCGCAUGUAUCGCCUCAAUCGGGACAAGAGUCGGCAUCGAGCGUAGAAGACGCUCUCAUGCAAGGGCUGGACCAUUUGAUGAAACAAUGGACACCAUUUCGGUCGAAGAGACUUCCCAUCUUUGAAGAGAUCUCUCCCUUUCGGGAUCAGGUGGCGUGCUGAUGUAUAUUGUAUAUGAUGGAAAUGACAUUCAGUCUAGCCAGGGAAUGCCUUUGGGUAUAAAAGUUAGCAUGGUAGAGUCAAUGUGUGCUUGCCCCCACUUCGCAGGUCCUUUCGUGAUGCAUCAUGUUUGGUGGUGACAUCCGACAUAGAUCAUGGUCGACAAGGAACGUCGGUGUACAAAAUGUUUUGCGUCGCCUCAUGCCGUUAUAGCUUUCAAUGCCCUUUGUGCUGGGAUACGGGGAAAUAGAAUCUGCAGAGUUUGCCCA